AUGGAUAAUAAUAAUAAUAAUGAGAUUAACACUGAAAUAGUGUUAACAGAUCCACGUGCCGGCUAUUUACUAUGCAAUAGACCGGAACUAUUUAUGGCMAUAAUGUUAGUCUAUUUAGUAUUUGUUACCAUAAUUGGUCCCAAAUUGAUGACAAAUAGACAACCAUUUCAACUGUUUCAGACACUAGUCGUCUACAAUGGACUACUAGUCGUAAUCAAUGGCUACUAUAGCUGGCUAUCCCUACAGUGGCUUGAAUUUGGCCAGAAAUCGUUGAACUCAUACAUACCACCAGCUGCUACUGGAAUAGUCUGGACCAACCAUACUGUACGGGUGUUUGACUGGAAAAUGUUAUAUUUCUAUACAAAACUAGUGGAUCUGUUGGAUACAGUAUUUUUUGUAUUACGUAAAAAAUCAUCGCAAAUAACAUUUCUACAUGUCUAUCAUCAUAUUGUUGUAUCACUAUUAAUCUGGGCAUCAGUGGCCUGGUGUCCGCAAACGGUUAUACUGGAAACAACCAUUUCAACUGUUUCGGACAUUAGUCGUCUACAAUGGACUACUAGUUGUAAUCAAUGGCUACUUUUGUUGGCAAUCACUGCAAUGGCUUGA